UGACGGAAUUUCCAACGGAUGCUGCGGGAGACGUCCUGGUUGUUCAUGAUGUCGUUUAAAAAGACCCUCAAACUUUUGUAUCGCUCAGAGGUGCACAGCAGUCAAGUACCACUUUGCUCCGCCUAUACGCUUACGGAACAUCCCAUUCAAUCUAACCAAGACCAUCCAGCAGGAUGAAUGGCACCUGUUACAUCUAAGAAGAAUCACAGCAGGAUUUCUUGGGAUGGCAGCAGCCGUUCUCCUCUGCGGAUGCAUUGUAACUACCGUCAGUUUCUUUUGGGAGGAAAGCCUCACACAGCACGUUGCAGGUCUCCUGUUCCUUAUGUCAGGCAUCUUUUGCACUAUUUCUCUCUGCACUUAUGCAGCAAGUGUCUCCUAUGACCUAAACCGCUUACCCAAAUUCAUCUAUGGUCUUCCUGAUGACGUUGAACAUGGAUACAGCUGGUCUAUAUUCUGUGCUUGGUGCAGUUUAGGACUCAUCGUAGCAGCAGGAUGUCUUUGCACCACUUAUCCAUUCAUUAGCAGGACAAAGAUUAGCCAUCUAAAGUCCACCAGAGACUCUUCCGUAUGAUUGCUUAUCGGGGGAUAAUCUCUCCCCUUGUGAAGUGACAAGUGAUCUGAAGGGUCGUCUUCAAGGAUUUAUAAGGGAGCUAAAUUCAGAAUCCAAGCACAAAAAAACCCUGAUCCCUUAAAUGCCAAACAUUGUGUCUUAUUAGCUAGGAAACACAGAGGAGUUCUUCUCUGCCUGCAGGGUGAGUGAAAUAAAACAUUCAGGCGACAAAAGUUCUUCUAGAACUCAUGACUGCAACUCAGCACAGUUUAUAUGCACAUGUCAUGAAUGAGGCGGGGCUGAUCCCACUUGGAUAGGAAAACUGUGUUGACGAUUUUGGGCUGUUAUAUUUAGCAGAGGGUUGUACAUAAGGUAAUAACAACCAACAAAAAACACAACUGCCAAAAAAAAAAUCCUCCCAAGUGGUAAGACUAUUUCCUUAUUAUUCUUGAUCAGUGUUAAUUACAUGAGUUUCAACAUUUUUUUUAAUUUAAGUGAAAUAAGUCUUCAUUUCUCUGCUAAGUAUUUUAGUGGUUCCCAAAAUGGUAUUGUGUAGAAGAUUCUUUUAAGAAUUCCAGCGUUAGAGGUGAAUGGGCAAUUUGUCUUAGAAGCAAUGUAGGAAAAGGCACAGAGGGAAUGACUUCCAAGAUGGGAUGGGCCCUUCAGUGAACCCUAUAGAAUGGAAACCAUAUGGAAAAAGUUAAAAAUGACUGAUUUGACUAUUCUGUGAUAGCAAUGUCCUGCUUGUAAAUGUAUCUCCCUGAAAUACCUUUUUGUAUUUCUUAAGGAACUAAAUGCCAUGUAUAAAUGAGAUUAAUUGUCUGAAACAGAUUAUAUGACACUGGUUAGUAUUGUUGGAAGUAACAUCUGUUGUACAACCUCAGCCUCUUUGUCUAAAAAUGGUUUAGUGGCAGAACAUCCCCCUCAGUUAAUAGUGUUUGUAAAAUUUCUGAGCAAGUGACUUGGAUAUGGAUUCCUCUUGAAUAGCAAUGUAAAUUUAAAACAAAAAUACAACCAUGAGUUAAAAACAUCCCUGUCUCCAGUUAUAUGGUUAUAUGAGUUUCAACCUUUCU